CGCACGUAAUUAUUGCCAUUUUAUUAUUUAGUUAUGACAGCAAUCACCCGGAUUGAUUGCUCAUAUGGCUGUAGCUACUAUUUGAACUGCUUGGGAAUGUUUAUCCUGGGUUCUGGUGAGGAAGACGUAGCCUGAAGUGUUCUGGUAAAUAUGCGUUAUCUCUGGAGUAGCCGAAAACAGCUUGCACUGUGAUGGGAGUAUUUUCGCUGUAGUUCUGUGCUGAAGUAUAGCCUAGCCUUGCGCACUGCAGUAAAAUAGCCGGUCUGCGUUACCGUGGUUUGCAUUGCGAACGCAAUAUUAAAACAGACUGUAAUAGGUAUUAUUUAGUCGAUUGCCAUCAGAUUUGGUCUCUUGCAAAUGCCACUCCUUGAAAUACCACAGUUAUAUGCCUUUUUAUUGGCCAUUUUGACCUGAAAUGUACAAAGAUCCGUCGGCGCGCUACGAGCUAUAGGCUACUUUCCCUGUGUUAUAAAUGAGAAGCAAACAAUAUCAACAACUUAAGUUAAUAGCACCCUGGGAAAAGGAUGCUGGCUUUGGAAGAAGGCUCAGAACAUACAGAAAUCACUCUAAAAUAAUUGCUCAACCAGGUAUCGUGAUGAAAGUGUUACGCAGAAAGAGGAUUGUCUUGUUCAUUGCGUAUUUUUUACUGCUGGUCUUAACAAUGUUGAACCUGGCGAACUACAAAUGGACUAAAGAGCCACAACAAUGCAACCAGAUGAGGAGCACUCCUUAUCAAAGCAGAUCCGAUAUCCGCUUUCUAUACAGACCCUCGCUGGCUAAAAAAAGACAGCUAAUAUACGUUUUGACAACUUGGCGAUCGGGAUCCUCCUUUUUUGGAGAGCUCUUUAACCAAAAUCCAGAAGUGUUUUUUUUGUACGAGCCAAUGUGGCACAUCUGGCAGAAACUGUACCCCGGGGACGCGGUAUCUCUGCAAGGGGCUGCUAGAGACAUGCUAAGUUCUUUGUAUCGCUGUGACCUCUCCGUUUUCCAACUGUAUAACAGCCCAGGUGGCAAGAAUUUUACCUCCCUCGGGCUCUUUGGGGCUACGCUUAAUAAGGUAAUUUGCUCGUAUCCCCUCUGCUCCGCUUACAGAAAAGACGUUGUGGGGAUGGUGGACGACAAAGUGUGCAAAAAGUGCCCGCCUCAGAGUUUAAGGCUCCUGGAAGAGGAGUGUCUCAAGUACAGUACUGUGGUUAUAAAAGGGGUACGAAUUUUGGACGUUAACGUUUUAGCCCCACUGAUGGAGGAUCCAUCUUUAGACCUGAAAGUGAUUCACCUGGUGAGAGACCCCAGGGCCGUAGCUAAUUCAAGGAUCAAGUCGAGACACGGGUUGAUCCGUGAAAACUUACAAGUGGUCAGAAGCAGGGACCCCAAACUUCGCCGGAUACCUUUCGUGGACCCCAACCAUAAAGCAAACAAAAAAGAUGGCUCGGACUAUCAUUCAAUUGGAGCUAUGGAAGUAAUAUGUGAUCGGACCUCCAGAACUUUGAGAACUGCCUUAAAUCCACCGAGCUGGCUCAAGGGGAAAUACAUGGCUGUUCGUUACGAAGAUCUGGUCGAUAAUCCAAUUAAAACUUUACGGCUCGUUUAUCGCUUUGUUAAUCUGACCGCCAACCAUGACAUAGAGUCUUUCGCUAUGAACAUGACGAGUGGUACAAGCUCAUCAUCUAAGCCUUUCAUUGUGUCAGCCAGGAAUGCGACACAAGCCGCCAGUGCGUGGAGAACUCUGCUCAGCAUUCAACAAAUAAAACAAGUAGAAGACUAUUGUCACCACUCAAUGGCUUUGCUUGGAUACGAGCGCGUAAGAACAGCUGGUGAAGCAAAGGAUCUGAGUAAAUCCUUACUGACAGUCCCAAAACUGUGACUGUGUUGCAACCAAAGACAAUGACUAUGACUGAGUACUGCAGGCGAAAGGGCAAGGUCCGGUUGGACUGAAUUUCCCGUUCUCGUCAUCAAUCAUUCUUGUGUUCUUAAGUUAAUAGUAAUAUUUGCUGAAUGAAAAAGCUUUAUUUAAAAGUCAAUGUUUUAAUGAUUUCUUCAAUCACAUGGGAAUGUAUAUUUGUUUCUUUUUUAACGUAACACUGUGGCAUUUUAUGGGACCACUGCGUUAACUUGACCACUGGAUGUGUUUGACAAUGCCACAGCUAUUAAUUAAAAUGUAAACGGUACACUUCAACUAAGGAAACCGCAGUUGUGUAAAUGAUCUUAUUGUGACACUUAAAUCUGGAUGUUUCUGGGUAAACCUUAACACUUUGAACAUUACUCCAGAAGUGGUUAGGAUAUACAGCGUGCUUUCUGUCUAAAUGGAAAUUGUGGAAGAAAAACAAACAAUAAAUUGAGAAAAGGCUCCUUGUUUGAGCCGGCAAUGUU